GUGUGUGAGCUGGACAUUAUCUUUAACUUUGAAAAGGCCUACUUCAUCCUGGAUGAGUUUCUAUUAGGGGGAGAGGUACAGGAGACUUCCAAACUAGUGGUGGCCCGCUCCGUCGAGGCCUCGGACAUGCUUCAGGAGAAACAGAGACUGAUGGAGAUUAUACUUCUAUUUCCUUUAUUCUUCAGUUGCUACCAUGGAGGAAUACAUGAGCAAGCCUGCAUUCUAACACUGGAUCUACACACACCAGAAGGAAUCUGGACGAUUACAGACCUGGAAGUCUUACAACUGUACAAAACCAUGGAGUUAGGAGUUCUAGAAUGAUGUGUCUGAAUCUGUGUCCUGAGGCAGCAGGGAGUGUUUUUAAGUAGGGAAGUGCAGUGAAAUGUAUCUUGUUUCUGCAAAUAGGACAAUAACAUGAUGACCAAUAAAUUGGUAGGAGACAUUGAUUGAGCUAUUAUCAAAUGUAUAUUGAUACUGUAUGAUCACCCAUCCUCUUGCUCGUCGAUGUACAUUGAGGUUACUGAAAACUGUGGUUAUGACAAUCAUUAAAAUCAAUACUCACUUUUUUUCCAAAUAUGUACACAUUGUAUUGACAUUUAAAGAAGUGCCUUUUUAGAAAUCUGUAUUUGAAGUUGUGUUUUAAAUGCAUCUUGUAGACUAGCCUUUUUCUGUGUGACUUGUAGGAUUAUAUCUUGGAAAGGGAGCUAUUAUUUAUCUGGGUGAAUGUCACAGUUUUUUUUAAUAUAACUAAUUAUGGAUCUUGAAUGUUGAAGACUUUGGAAUUAAAAUGUGUAUUUUGAUA